UCAUUUGUUUCCCACUGAAGAGUAUGUCAAAAUUGACAUUCAAAAUUUCUGUCACGAAAAAUCUAUAAAUACAAAUCUCGUAAAAAAUCGCCGUUCAAAGAGCAGUUUACAGUUCCAGAACUUUCUUAUCGGCCUGCAUGUCGCGCUAUCGCUGUAUCCUGUCUAGCGGUGUAUAAAAUUUUAGGUUAGUUACCUCCUAGCGGGGCCCCCCUAAUUCAGGACGUCAGAUUUAAUUAAUCUGUCUGCAACAGUCUGCUAAAGCCGCGAUUAUUGCGUGAAAAUGGCUGCAAUAGACGAAGGAAAACAGGCAUCGGCUGAGCUCUUACGACAGGAAACCAAGGCGAUGAAGGAAGAGGAGGAGCCUCAAAGCCUCGAGAGCGAAAAAUUGAUUUUAGAGUCAAUUUCGAGCGAAAAACUACCGCUGAAUGACAACUCUAGUCCUGCAGGGUCUCCAGACCUGGCUGAUGAAGAGACUGAAAGCACCAGGGACUCGAACAGCACGGAACGGGAGGCGGGUAAUGAGAGCGACAAUCUGGAGGAAAAUGAGGCAGCCGAGCUCAAGGAGGAAUGGCAGGAUAUUCUAGGGUCAGGGGUGAUAAUGAAGAAAGUACUCAAAGAGGGCCAGCCUGAUAGUCGCCCCAGUAGAUCCAGCCGCUGCGUGAUUAAUUACACCUGCAAACUAGAGGAGGCGCAUGAAGAUGAUUUUGCCGAUGUGGCUGACAAUUAUGAGCUGGGGUUGGGCGAAGGAGAUGUGGUCCAAGGCCUUGACGUCGCCCUAGGUCUAAUGAACAGCAGCGAACGCUGCCUGCUGAAAAUCGGUCCCAGACUGGCUUUUGGGGAUCGGGGGCUUCCGCCCAAAAUUCCUGCAGGUGCGACUGUGCUCUUUGAUGUAGAGCUAGUCUCCCAUCAGCCUGAUACUGCAUGCGAGGAGCUGAGCGUGCAAGAGAGGCAGAAGAUCGGUAACAAGAAGCGAGAAAGAGGCAACUGGUGGUAUCAGCGAGGCGAAAACACCCUGGCAGUGCAGUGCUAUCGAAGAGCCCUGGAUUACCUGGAUGAGGUGGAGAGCGAGAAUCCGGAGCACCAAAAACCCACAGACGCGGAACUCCAGCGCCUAUUGGAGGACCGCCUCAAAGUGCUCAACAACAUGGCGUCGGCUCAGAUCAAGAUGCAGCUCUACGACCAGGCUCUCAUCUCCCUCCAAACGGUCCUGCGAUGCCAGCCCGACAACGUUAAGGCUCUAUUCCGCAAAGCCAAGAUCCAUUCCGCCAAAAAUGAUCUUCCCCAAGCGCUGCGGCUGCUGGAAAAAGCGCGCACUCUAGAACCAGAAGACCCCCACAUUGCCAAAGAAAUUGCCAGCGUUACUGCGCAAAUCAACAAGCAGAAGAACUCGGAACGGGAGUAUGCGCGCCGGAUGUUCGGCAACAACAGCGCCAGCAGUACCGAUAAAAAAGCCCCAGAAAACAAGAAAAAAUCUGAAAACACGAAGGUGCCAGUUUGGGCCACGCUGGGCGCGACCUUCGCGCUGGGAUUGGCCGGACUCGUCGCCUACAAGUUGAAAUAUGCCUAAGUAUGUAGUUAAUCGAAUGUAAAUGUUCGCGAGUGUUAGAUUUUUUUUUGACCAUCAACCAGGAGAGUGGGCACAGGAGGAGCUUCUUUGGAUUUUAGUGGAAUUAAUGCGUUUGAAAUAUGCAUAGUAGUGGGUCGUUGAUAUCAGUAAUUUGUUUUUAUAUUUUUCAGUACUUGUUUUAUGUCAAUUAAAUACUAUUUUUAA